AUGGUUGAAAACAAGGACAAACUAUUGAGACCUCCCUUUUCCUUGCGACUGCCAACACCGGAAAAUCCCUCGGACCAUGUCCGUCGAGAUUCUACAACGAAUGGGCCCCCGUCGACGCCAACGAAUUCUGCUGGCUGUGUCCCUCAAGAGCCCAUUCAAAAUGGAGCUGUGACUCCUCCACUUGCGUAUCCCACUGACAGCAAUACAAAUGACCACGAAUCACCGCUCGCUGGUGAUUUCCAGCCGCAGCUAAAAAGCACACCUAAAGCUGCAUCCUCUUCUGCCCUGCUGGUGAACUUGCCGACUAUCUCCCGGAACAAAGAUCACCACGUCUUUUCGGUUGCAGAUGAUGUCGACGCAUAUCUCGAGCGUGACCUGGACCACUCCCGGCUCAAUAGAAUACACGGGCAUCUUUGGAUGGCCGGGAGACCCCUAAAUGCCAGGCCGAUACACCGACAGAAGAUGAUGGGGUUUGAUAUCAUUCUCACCGAGCAAGCGGACCUCCACCUACUCAAAUUCUCAAACAAGAUCUUCGUCAAGCCGCUUCCUAAUUACAUGCUCGAUUUUCUGUUCUGGGAGACGUAUCUCUGCAAAUCCGAGGAUCUUCAUAAAUCCGCUUGUGGAAUUUUGCUCUCCUAUGUUUGGCUAAUCUGCUCGCCGCUCGACUUGAAACUAGCUCAUAAGCUAGACCUCCUACCGAGUGAGAUAACAUGGCUCUGGUGGAAGAGUUUUGUGGCAGAAUUCAUCUUACAUAACGAUCCAAACACGCUCGACAAGGUCAAUAAACGCUACCACUUUGGCGAGCUACGGCUCGGAAGGAUCAACUCGAUAUACAGGAUCCGCUUUUUCUUCACGCACUUCAUUCGCGGCUACUUGUACGGCUACAACCGCUAUGUAGUUUUCUUCCAGAGAAAUUUCGCCUGGAUACUCAUCGUAUUGGUCUACUUCUCUCUCGUGCUCACGGCCAUGCAGGUCGGCGCCACGAUCCCGCCACUGAACACAAACACCGCCUUUCUGCAGGCUUCUUACGGCUUUUCCGUGUUCUCGAUUAUCACCGUGGCAGCAAUCGUGGGUUCUUUGGGAGUUAUGUUCGUUACGAUAUUCUUGAUCAACAUGUUCCUGGCGAUUCGGCAGGAGCAGAAGCAAAGGAGGGACCGGGAACUUCUCGCCCAAAAAAAAGAGAAAGGUAUAGCCAAGGCUUAG